AUGAAAGUGCUUCUGGUCAGUGCGCAUCCUGAGGAGCGUUCCUUAAACGCAAGCCUCCGAAAGGUAGCCAUUACUCAACUCAAAGCCGAUGGACAUGAUGUUCAAGUAUCCGAUCUUUAUUCUUCAGGCUGGAAAGCUGUUGUAGACAGAUCCGACUUUCCUGAUCUUUCAAACGAAGACCGUCUUCAAAUAUCGGCAGCAUCAGGGGCAGCCUAUCAAUCGGGAAAGUUGACAUCUGAUGUGAAAAGCGAACAAGAGAAAAUGCUUUGGGCUGAUAUUCUUAUCUUACAGUUUCCGCUUUGGUGGUUUUCGAUGCCAGCGAUAAUGAAAGGUUGGGUUGAAAGAGUGUUUUCCUUGGGAUUUGCAUAUGGUGUUGGCGAGUACAGCGCAACGAGAUACGGCGACAGAUACGGCGAUGGUCCUUUUGUCGGAAAACGUGCUAUGCUUAUGGUAACUAUGGGUGCCAUGGAGGAACACUUUAGUGGCAGAGGGAUCAAUGGACCAAUUGAUGAUGUUCUUUUCCCUAUUAAUCAUGGUAUUUUAUACUAUCCAGGAUUUGAAAUUCUUCCUCCAUUUUUGGUCUAUCGCGCAGACCGCUUGGACAAAACAGGUUUUGAAGCAAUUGCUGAAAAAUUGAAGGCAAAGAUGAAAAGUAUUACAACAGCUUCACCAAUUCCCUACAGAAGGCAAAACGGUGGUGACUACACCAUGCCUACUUUACAGUUAAAGCCAGGAUUGGAGAAAGAAGGAAAUGUAGGAUUUGCUUUACACAGACAGGAAUAG